AUGAUUCCAUUGAAUUUGUUCGUUCUAUUACAAUUUAAAGAAUUUCAAACACGUAUUCUUGUUGCGACAAAUUUAUUUGAACGUGAUAUAGAUAUUGAAUGUGUUAAUAUUGUAUUUAAUCAUGAUAUGCCAGAAGAUACAGAUACUUAUCUUCAUCGAAUUGCUCGUGCUGGUCGAUUUGGUACAAAAGGUUUAGCAACAAUAUUUGUCGUUAAUGAAAGUGAUGCAGCAAUUCUUAAUGAAAUUCAAAGUCGUUUUGAGGUACAAAUUACUGAAAUGCCCGAUGAAAUCAAUGCAGACACAUAUAUCGAAAAUCAUUAA